GGAUACUGACAACAGACUUUCUAUAGUCCACAAAAUUUCUUCUUAUUUGUUGCUGUAUCUACAAUCCAUUAUGUGUAUUUUCGUGGCCUGCAAUUCCAGAAAAACAAAACGAGCCAAACAUAAGCUUUUCAAAAACUAGAAUUCUCCACAUUAAGACAAAGCACACUCAGUCUUUCCUAUUUUUAGCCCUUCAAACUUGAGGAAUAAUGUCACUCCUAUAUUUUUAUGAGUUUUUUCAUUAGUGAGCUUGGUUCCAUUUGGAUCAGAGUUUAGAUUUUUAUGAAAUGUUCCCAGAAUAACUAAAUUAACUGUCUUUUCUUGAGUUUUUCAUUCUUCUUUUUCUAUGCUUGUCGAUGAAGUUGGUUGACAAGCUGGGUUAGUGUUAUUCAUCAAAAAAGAGGAAAGAAUAUAUGGAUUUAUGGGUGGUUGCAGCAGCUACAGGUGCCGGGUACAUAGCCAAAUACUGGCGGAACUUGACAUCUAAUGAUAGAGAAACCUCAUCUGCAUCAUCUUCCUUUGAUUCAAUUUACAGGAAAUCUGAAUCCAGAAACUUGCUGCAACAAAUAAGGGAUCAGACCAACCCCUUGCGCAGACUAGCCGAUGAACAACUAGAUGUAGAUGGCUUAUUUAUACAUGGAAAAAGGCAAGUGGAGAACAAUGACGACUAUAAUUUGCUUUCAUUAACAAGUUCUCCAACAUUGUUAAGAGAAAAUGAGAAUCUUCAAGGAAUUGGAAAUGGAAUGGAGGGAAAGAAUAACUUCUCUGAUGUAUCUAGACAUCUUAGAAGUAGCUAUUGUGGGAAUUUUUUUGAACCCCUUGAGCUUGAUUCAUUAGAAAGCAGCCUUACAGUUCAGAGGCUAAUGGAGUAUGCUGCAAUGGAGGAAUAUGUUUGUAAUUCACUUCCUGAGGAGUGCAUACCAACCGCGAGGCCAUUGUUGUUAACUGAUUGGAGCCGGAUAAUCAAUAGGGCUAGUUGUGAUCCCAACUGCAAGAUGCGGCUACAGAAUGGAGAAUAUAAGCUUCAAAGUGAAGAUGGGUUAGAGCAAAAUGAGAUGCAGCUGUUACAAAGGAAACUUCAACAAGAGAGUCGGAGGCAAUCCAGACGAUUGUCCAUGAUGAGGAAAACUAGUCAACCAUUCUUUUCACAAGGACUUCCCAAUCCGAAGCUUCUCUUCUUCCUUGGGAUAAGUAUUGGUGCAAUGUCUACCAUUCUUGCAAACAAAGGUGAAAUGGAAAGCUUAAACAAGCAGUUGAAGGAGAAUGAGAACUUGGUUCGAGAUUUACAUGAGGAGCUGGAGAUGAAAGAACUACUACACGUGAAGGAGCUUAAGAUUAAUGAGGCCUUUGAGCCCUUAAGAACAAAUGAACAUCCAGUACUCAGCGAUACACCACAUGGUUCAUACACAGAACAAGAAUUCGAUAUAUAUAACAAAUGUGAAGGUCAGGAGCCAGAUGAUAAGGAAGCAAAAGGUUCUGAGGCAAUGAGUAAAAUUGAGGCUGAGCUUGAAGCAGAACUGGAAAGGUUGGAGAUAAACAUGAGGACAUAUAGCUUGGACAAUAUUUCUGAUUAUGUUGAGAUGAAUCCGGAUUUUGACACAGAUGUUGUUCAUGGUGAUCUAAAACUAGAAAAGGGCAAAGGGAACCCAGGCGGUUUAUCUGAUUCAGACCAUGAAGUAAGAGGGAAAUCCACUGAUCGACCUGAUAAAGAAAACUAUGCUGUGUCACCUCAAGAGUUAAGUAUUCGACUUCAUAAAGUUAUUCAGUCAAGGCUAGAAGCACUCAUCAUUGAACUUGAAACAGCUCUUGAGCAUAGCCAGAAAAGGUUGCAUUCUAUGGAAGUGGAAAGUGUAAUUCCUUGGAAGGAAAGAGACUCGUAUGGCAAUGCAGAAUCUUGUUCCCAUCAAAGCACAGCUUCCAGAGAAGAAAACUAUUGA